UUUAAUCUCUUUUGAAUGUGGUUAAUGAAUUGCGGCUAGUAUUGCAGGCUGUAGUAACGGUUAAAUAGUGAGAUUUGCUGUUGCUGUCACAACUACCGUUUAGUUGAUACAUCCGACCGAUUCGGAUCAAAACAUCAGUAAUCAUCAGAAUCAUCUAUCUUCGUCAGGGACAUAAGAAAUCAUCUGCGUGUGUGAUUUAAUCCCGCAGUAAUGGGAGCCCACAGGAGUGAGGGCCGCAGAGACUGGCUGCAACAGGACGCUGGUGAGCAGCAACCGAUUCACACAGUGAACCCUUGGAACAUCAUGAUUAAGCACAGACAGGUUCAGCGCAGAGGUAGACGAUCCCAGAUGACAGUGAGUUAUACAGACCCAGUGAUUUCUAUGGACCUUCUGAGAACAGUUCUCCAGCCUAGCUUCAACGAGGACAUUUUGGCUGUCUUUAAAAAAUAUAUGAAGUUUUUUGAGAAGGCAGCAAGCAAUGUGAAGGAGAACGUGGGAGAGGAUAUACAGACAGAUCAGCUGAUCAGAGAGGCUUGUCGAAACUGCUUGGAGCAUGCAAAACAGCUCUUUCCUGAAAUAAGUGUACAGCGACCUGUUUUUGAUCCAUCAGUAAAGCGCUCACGGCAGAUGGAUGAUGACUCCAGUCAAAGAGGCAGUCCAAUUCCUAAAAAGAGGAAAGGUCGCCCCCCGGUUAUACCUUAUGACAGACCCGUGCAGUACAACAUUUCGAUGAAGCCUAAGAUACCUGAAGCUGUAAAGCGAGAAGGUCCCAAGUGGGAUCCCUCUAGGCUGACUGAAAAAAGUACAUUUGUUCUAGGAUCCAGAGCUAACAAGGCCUUGGGAAUGGGUGGCACCAGAGGAAGGAUCUACAUCAAACAUUCAGACCUUUUUAAGUAUGCUGCUGAUGCUCAGGAUAAACAAUGGCUUGCUGAGAGGCAGCACAUGAGAGCCACAGGUGGUAAGAUGGCAUAUCUGCUUAUUGAAGAAGAUAUACAAGACCUUGUAAUUAGUGAUGAGUAUAAAGAUUGUCCUGAUUUGAAGUUGGAUGAAUUGAAGCCAUUUAUAGUUCCUGUUUGGAUGAUAGAGAAGAUGCAGAAAGCAAUGGAGGCUCAGAGAUCAGAGAAGGAGUAAAGAAAUUACGUCUUGGCACCAACAAUGUUUUGAGCUUUCCUUGUCUGUAUGAUGUGACUUUUUUUAAAGAGCUACACAUAUUUCUCUUAACAUGCUGUUUAUUCAGAUGGCAGAUCUGCUGUUACGUUGAUGAAAACAACUUCUGUUUCCAUCAGGAGCCAAACUUGGUUUAUGCUCCAAGGAACAACUUAAAAUUAACUUCCCAAUGUGUUGGCUUUUCUUGGUUUAAUGUUUUAAGCUGCCCACUGAACAAUAGGAAGGAAAGGAAUAGAACAUCAGAAAAAUAACACAUCACAAAAUUAAUUACACAUUUUGACACUUGAAAGUGCCAUACUUCAACAAGAUAUGGCUCUUGUAGUUAUGUGUUUUAAUAGUGUAUAAUUGCACUAUUUAUAAAGUUUAUUUUACAUUGACUCCAAUAGAACAUACAUGCUGACUUAUAUAAACGCCAAUGAAUAGAAAUAUGUAGCAAACCAAAAGCUUAUUCUCAAACAGCAUAAACAUUGAUACUAUUAGUGUUGGUGUAACUUUGCAUCAACUUUAGUGUAGUAUAUAGUUGUUCAUUAGACAGGAGAGUGAAAGUUCCAAUCUUUUCCACCACUGAUUUGAAGUACCUGCCUGACCAGGCUUUGGAAAGCUGUUUAUAAAGAAUCAUAAACCUGGCUCCAAUAUUCACUGUUUUAAAAGCAGAGGUGAAUAAAAUACAUAUGAUAGUCUGCUUUUAAUUUUGAUGUCUGUACAUUUUUUUUCUUUUUUGUUACACAAUGUAAAAUAUGAUUAUACAAUCAAGCUUAGAAACUGUGCACACCCACAUGUUGGGAAGUACAAACUAUUAGUAAUGUACUUUUUUGAUCAGUAUUUAUAGACAAUGCAAAGCAUAUUUGGUUGAAAAAUGUUUUAUAAAAAUAUAUUUUCUUACUUGUUUUAUUGGUACGGACUUAGUGAUGCUAUGUCAUCAAGUUUUUAUUUUUGUUUAUUUUGAAAUAACUUGAUACCACUGUCCCAAUGACAUUAAUCAUCCAGUUUUUUUUAAAUUAUAUCUAGGUCUUUAAAAUAAAAAAUACCAAUACAAA